UUUACCGAGAUUUUCAUAUUAUGCAGCUUGGUCCAUUCAUUAAGGGGUUAUAUACCUUCUUUGUCGAAGAAAAAGAGGAAAGUUCGGAUUUUCUUUUAGGUAACGAAUUCCUUUUUAAAAUUGUAAUUAGGCGGGGACUUAGCGAAGUCAGCCAGUACAUUCAGAUGAAAAGGCAAGCAAUUGGACACUUUCAAUGCAUUUGGAAAGUAACCGUUUUAUUUUUUAUCUUUCGUAAAGAGUAUUUCUCGGAAACGGAGCCGCUUAUUUACUUUCAAGCUGUGUACCGAGGGCUUACUUGCGGCCCUCUUAAGAGAAAACUGGGAAAGAGAAAUCUAGACCAACUUGAUCCUUGUUUCCAAGUGCCGCAGGUCAACAUGCUUGUGUUCUACGGGUGGAAACUGCACUGCUAAUUGUGAGGUUAGAGCUCAACGACGUCCGCCGGGAUAUUAAUUAAUCACGGUCUGGCCUGUCGCGCAC